AUGUCCUCCUGGUACUCCAACCUCAUCACCAAGACCUCCUCCCAGAUCUCCAGCUUCCGCGCCAACAUCUCCUCCUCGGAGAACGACGGCGACACCGAGGACGACACCCACGUCUGCCGCGUCCUCCGCAACUACUACACCGAGAAGGGCCGCCCCUUCCCCGGCUGGCUGCCCCUCGACCCCAAAGCCCCUUCCCAGGCCGCGCCCAUCCAGCCCCUCCUCGCCCACGGCUCCAGCCAGCAGGGCAGCCGGCCCCUCCCCGGCGGCGGAGGAGUCGGCGGCACCCAGCCGGGCCUGAGCUCCCUCUGGGACAACGGCGCCGCCCAGCAGCAGCAGGCCCCUGCGCCGCCUGCGAGUCUGCGUGUCGGGAGGCAGCCGCCGGGGGGAGGAGCAGCAGGAGGAGGACCAGGCGGGCUUCACCGCGGCGGCGCAGGGAGACCUGGGGCCAACGAUAGGGCUGGGAGCUACUCGGGGCAGGGGCCUCCGCCGGCUGCGGGAGGUGCCUCUGCGCAGGAUAGGCUACGGCAGCGGCUGUGGGGGAACGGGGGCUCCAGGACUGUGAGUCCUGGCAGCACCGGGCAGGCGUUCUCGCCGCCUGGGCAGGGCAACAACCCAUACCGAAGGUGA